AUGUGUGGUAUGCGUAUCAUUGGAGAUGUUGUGCGAGUAGCCCCAAACGAACUGGCUUUUAUGACCCCAAAUGCAGCAAAGGCCAUAUACGGAAGCGCUAUCAAGAACCGGGAGAUUUUUCGAAAGAGCGAUUUCCAGGAGAUUGGUGAAAAUGAACCAGGUAUUACUGCUGAGAAAGACCCAGAAGUUCACCGACAGAUCGCCAAGAAACUUGUUCCUGCAUUUAGCACCAAAGCCCUGAGAAAACAAGAAGAUGUGAUUCAUCAACAUAUCGAUGGUUUUGUGGCUCAGCUUCGCAAAUACGGAAUGACUGGUGAAAUUGAGAUGAAGCAGUGGCUCGACUGGCUCAUCUUUGAUAUCGCGGGUGAUAUGGCGUAUGGUCGACAGUUUGAGCAGGUCAAAACCAGAAAAUCAUCGACUUUCCUAUCCACGUUUGGAAAGGUUGGGCUUUGGGGCACCACCAACCAAGUCACUCGACGGUUUCGCAUGCUUCGACCCUUCAUUUGGAUGCUGAUUCCCCCUUCUGUCGUCCUCACUGUACCCACACUCCUCCGCCUGAACAGACAAGAGAUCCGCCGCCGGAUGUCGCAGCGAGACGAAAUAAAACAUCCCGAUUACGUUGAGCAGCUGCUUCCCAAGGAUGGCAAGCCAGACCCUACAGAGGACUGGAUCCUCGCCCAGGCCAAUGUAUUUAUCGUGGCUGGAUUUGACCCCAUGACGAAUUUGAUCUCAUCCGCACUGUACUACCUUCUAGCAGAUACAGAUAAGUAUGGUCAUGCUCGGAAGGAGAUCAGAGAUGAAUUUUCCGAGUAUGGUGACAUCACUGGCGAGCGCCUCCAGACAAUGAAGUACCUUCAAGCAGUCAUCGACGAGUCUCUGCGCAUCCACACCAACGCAGCAUUCGGACUCCCCCGUGUGAGUCCCGGGUACGAAGUGGAUGGCCAUUAUGUCCCUCCUGGGGUGACGGUCCAGACUUGUUUCUUCGCGACCACACAUUCUGAACGGUAUUUCAAAGAUGCCCGCUCCUUCCACCCCGAGCGAUGGCUGCCAUCUUCGCAUCCGCUCUACAAUGCGAGAUAUGAGUCCGAUGACAGACGAGCAUUUACUCCCUUCGCACAGGGACCUCGGGGAUGCCCUGGCUUGAACGCUGGGUACCUCCAGGGCCGAAUUAUCCUGGCUAAGCUACUAUGGUCCUUCGACCUGGAACUGACCAAUAAAGAUGUGAUUGAUUGGGAGAAGGACAUCAAGAUGUUUGCGAUCUGGAUUCGGCCGGAUCUUUUUGUCCGGGUCAGUCCUGCGAAUGGGAAGACGUAG